AUGAACACUCCUACUCCUUUUUCAGUUUCCCCCUCUGUCCCUUUACCAUUCCCUCUGGGUCACGGCACCACUACACUGGGAUUCAUCUUUCAGGGCGGAGUGAUUGCAGCAGCUGACUCACGAUCUAGCUGUGGAGGCCUGGUGGCAUGCCCGGCAUCAGCAAAAAUCCUACCUGUCCACUCUCAUUUGGUGGGGACUACUUCUGGAACUUCAGCUGACUGCGCCCUUUGGAAGCGCAUCCUGGCUCGGGAGUUGCGGCUUUACCAGCUUCGACACAGAAAAAGACUCUCCACAGGAGGUGCCGCCAAGCUGCUCUCGCACAUGCUCCAUCCUUUUAAGGGCACUGAGCUGUGUGUGGCCGCCACUCUGUGUGGAUGGGAUGGAACUGGUCCACGGCUUUUUUACGUCUGCAGCGAUGGUCUCCGCCUGCAGGGCGACCUCUUCUCUGUGGGCUCAGGUUCCCCCUAUGCUUACUCCAUCCUGGAUGGGAGGACUCACUGGGGGAUGAGUGAGGAUGAAGCAGUCUCAAUAGCCAGGGAAGCUGUGUACAGGGCCACCCACAGAGAUGCAUACUCAGGCAACAACGUGGACCUUUACCAUGUCUCUGCUAAAGGUUGGAGGCGUAGAAAACGGGAAGAUCUCAAGGAGGAAUACUACCGACAGAAGGAAAAGGAGAGGGAGAGAGUUGAGGAAAGGAGAAAGAAAAGACUAAGCACAGGUCUUAGAGAUUUAUAG